CAGCCGCCGGUGCGGGCUCUGUAUGCUAAGAUCCGAUAUAUAUGCUCUCGCAUUUGCGCGAAUUUCGAUCCGAUCUGAUCGCUAUAUAAACUGCAAACGGGGCCGAUGUCUGGCAUUCAUUGUUUGCUCUCAGGCGAAUCAACGUCCUCGCCAGGAUAACACCUGCAGUCAUUUGUUUUUUUAUUCAUUCAUCGUUAAUCUGAGCUUACGUGUGUGUGCUAGUGACUGUGUACUCUACUGUUUAUCAAACCAAAAAAAAAAGGGGGGGGAAAAAAGUCAAAUUAAAAACCAAACAGCGCCAAAAAACAAACAAAGAGCCGUUGGCAGCGAAAUAAACACAAAAAUCGCAAAACGUGCGCCGCGAAAUCCAAAAUCGGAGGAAAAGAAUUCUCCAUAAAUUCCCCAUUCCGUACCCCUAAUAUCCUAACAUAAUUUGUUAUUGGCCCGCCGACGUAGAACAAAAGAAAGCAUCGGCAUUGGCAUUUUGCAAUAAACAAACAAACACACAACAAACCCGUAUCCCUAUCCGUAUACAAAUUGUUUACCAUGGAAGUGCAAAAGCUGCCCGAUCAGACUCUGAUGGCGAGCAACCCGAGCCAGCGCAUAAUGCUCGAUUCCAGAUGUGGGCUCAACGACCUAUAUCCGAUCGCCCGACUGACACAGAAAAUGGGAGAGGCUCUGAAAGUGUCGUCCGAGAAGGACUGUCCCUACACCAUCGAACUGAUCCGGCCGGAGGAUGGAGAGGCGGUUAUAGCCAUGCUCAAGACCUUUUUCUUUAAAGAUGAGCCCCUUAACACAUUCCUUGAUCUCGGCGAAUGCAAGGAGCUGGAGAAGUACUCCUUGAAGCCCCUUUCCGACAACUGCUCAUACAAGGCGGUCGACAAGGAUGGCAAGAUCAUUGGCAUCUUCCUAAACGGCUUAUUGCGACGCCCGUCCCCCGACGACGUGGCCGUCAAGGCAGCAGAUGGCUGUGAGCACCCAAAAUUCAAGAAGAUCCUCUCCCUGUUUGACCACGUUGAGGAUCACUUCAACAUCUUUGACCUGUACCCCAACGAAAACAUCAUGCUGGACGGCAAAAUCCUUUCAGUGGACACCAAUUACCGGGGACUGGGCAUCGCCGGAAGACUUACAGAGCGCGCCUAUCAGUAUAUGCGAGAGAACGGCAUCAAUGUCUACCAUGUAGUCUGCUCUAGCCACUACUCUGCCCGGGUUAUGGAGAAGCUGGGCUUCCACGAGGUGUUCAACAUGCCGUUCGCCGACUACAAGCCCCAGGGAGAGGUGAUCUUUAAGCCGGCACAGCCGCAUGUCGGCAUCCGGAUCAUGGCCAAGGAGGUGGAUGCCAAUGCCAAGAAGUCCACGCAAACAAAGCUGUAGACGCAAACGAGCUGCUAUAAGCGGCGAUUUUGGAUUUUUUACUAUGUGAUCCUUUAGUUUGUAGUUGCGGUGGCGGGUUCCAGGUAGUUCCACAUUAAGUGUCUCCACUAUCAAUUCAAAGUAGCGUAAACAAACAGUACAAUUUACGUAUUUAUCUAAUUUAAUUCGCCCGUCGGUAAACAUAAGUGUUUCGUGUUUAGAAUGAGCUCAAAAUAAAAACAUUGACUUAAA